UCGAAACAACUGUCAUUUAGAGUGGACGUGAUGGGGAAGACACAGCUAGAGCUGGGAAACACGAAUUAAACAUCAGAAAAGUGUCGAAAACAACUUUUAAAGUUGUAAGUGUAGUUGUCACAGUUUACGUCGGCAUGUGUUAGUGUCUUACAGUUAAGCAGCAGCUUUGGCACUACGUUGUUCUUACUGCAGUAGGGAUUACAGCCAGCUUCGGAGGAUGUCAACCCCCAGCAACUCGCUUCAGCAGCCGAGGGUGAGACGCAACAAUGCUGGUUCCCCCGGCUCGUUCGGCGGCAGCAGCUGCCGUCUGCACCCCAUCCGUGCCACGGUGCCCUACCAGCUGCUGCGUGCGGGACAGAGCAGCCCGACGCGGCCGCAGACCGCGCACGGAGGGGCCACGAGCAGCCGAGGCUCCAGCCCUCCUUCCAGCCCGACACUACCGUCAGGAAGUUCAAAUGCUAAGCAAAGACUGUCCCCCGAAAACAAGGAGUUCUCGUGCCCCCCAGACUCUCCAGUAUACAGAGCAGAAAGGACCAAGUUGCAGGCUCGGAGUUCCAGUGCCAUCCGCCGAACGUCUUCCCUGGAUGCUAUCACAGGGCCAUACCUCACUGGCCAGUGGCCUCGGGACUCGCAUGGACCCUAUCCUUCAUGCAUGAAAGACAAAGCCACACAGACUCCAGGCCUCUGGAUCGAUGAAGGAGAACAGGGAAGUCCUCACCAGCGCUCAGGUUCCUGGGGCAGUGCAGACCAUCUUAAAGAGCAGAUUGCUAAACUGAGGCUGCAGCUGCAGCGAAGCAAGCAGGUCGGCCGACAGAGCAAGGACAGGGAGCCGACCUCGCUGCAGGUUCCCCAACAGGCGCAGCACAGUGCUGCAUGCCAAGCUCAGUACAAGGGAACUUCAUCAGCCCUCUCGACAAUCCCAGUGCCAAAAUCCCUCAUUUGCCGAGUGCCGAGCAGCGUGGAGGGCAUAAACCACGAGCUAGAAAAUGUGUUUAUCAGAGAGGAUUGGGAGCAAGGAAUACAGACCAUGGAUGUGGUGGAUGGCCGUCGUCCUCCCUUCCCACCACAUCGUUACAGCAACAGCGAAACACGUGACACAGACACGCAGGCUCCUUCCAGCGGGGACUCCAGUCCAUCACCCCGUCCAGGCAGCUCUGACCACCUGCACUCCCCUGAUGGAAGCCCCUGCUCUGCAGAGGAAAUCGACAGAGAUGGCGUGUGCAGUUCUCCUCUCCCCAAGUUUGCAACUUCACCCAAACCUAACAACAGCUACAUGUUCAAACGUGAGCCUCCAGAAGGCUGUGAGAGGGUCAAAGUGUUCGAGGAGUUAGUGUCUGGAAAGUCAAAAGGCUUCCCCCUCUUCUCAUGCCCGGAUAAAAACAAGGUGAACUUCAUUCCCAGGGGCUCUGCCUUCUGUCCCGUCAAACUCCUCUGCUCCUCCCUCUUCUCCCCCAACUCUCCUCCUUCCUGCUCCUCCACCAACCCAGGUCUCUAUGGCAACGAGAGCCCUGGGCCUCAGGUGACUCCAGACCUGGCCACUGCACCACUACCUUCCUUUCAGGCCUCCAGUGACUGGAGCACCGACACAAGUGCAGGCACAAACACAGAAAAUGGCACAGACAACCACAGCUCUGACGCAAACGUGGGAAAAGAUAGCUCAGCACAAGUCCUGCUUACCAGCUAGUCCUCAGGUAUUCAUGCACAGUCCACCUACAGCUACACGUUUCAACUAGUCAGGUGGCAAGGUCCUAAAACUGAAAAAAGAAACAAAAAAAAUCCAUGUGCUCUGUUAAUCCUAACAUUAGCCAGCAGGGAGUGCCCAAGGUCUGAAAAUGACCUUCCCUUCACCCUUCACUAACCGAUCCUCUGUACCAUGACGACAAUUUAGCUUUGCUUUUUUUUCCAACACAGAUGAAUGCUCAGAGUAUUGUUACAUAGUGCACAACAGUUGUAUCAAGUUGACAUUAAUACAACAAACUUUCAUAAGCGACAACUAUGACCACAAACGCAUGUUAUCUAACCAGCCUGUUAGCGGUUGCGUGUUCAGCGAUCUAGCAUCUGAAGUGCAUAUACAUAAGCUUCUUGACUGGAUGGAAUGCUCAUUUCAUACAGUGUUUGCACUUGUUGAGGCCUGACCCAGUAGAGUACUGGCCGUGGCCCGUUUGUUUGUUUUUAAAUUUCCACUAUCUGUGUGAAACCAGCAGGCUCUUCAGCGCAGCCUCCACCCAACUAGCUUACAGCUGCAUUUGCAGUCUUACAGUACGUCUGUUAAACCUUGGUAAGCUCAACACUAUUCUGUUUCUCACCAAAUAUGACCCAGGACCCUUUCCCAGUCCACUGCCCCACAUCACCCAGAUCAGUAACUCAGGUCACGUGGAAUUUACUUGCUUGGACUAUGUUGCCUUUACAGAAAAGAACCAGUCUUUCACAGACAUGUACUUUUUCCCUAAUGAGGGAGGUUAUAACAGACUGAAUCAGCUGAUUGAUGUCACAGUUAGUGACAGGUAAUUGUUGCAUUAACCUGUUAUGGUUAGAGUUUCAGGUGCUACGACACAUUCCAGAGAUCGCUGUUGCGUUAGUCAGCAGUGAGCCCUCGUAUAAAUGGAACUAGCUACAUAAGCUAAACCUUCAGAAAUUAAGAAUUUGACAAUUAUGUUUUUGCCCCUUUGUUAAAAAUAUACCAAAGCAAAUUUGGGAACAAUUAAAUUUCCCUGUUAUGUGUUUUUGGCACAAAGGCACCGUUUAUGUGCCUGAAGCAGAAUGUUUAUGUGCAUUUUGUUUUGUUUAUAAACUGUUGAGCAACACACACCCUGUUUUGUACUUUUUCUAAACACAGGCGCUAAUCAUUAAAACCAAGCCUAAGCACUUAUGUGGAAGCGGGACGAUGGUCUCUAUUUUUAUUUUAGACAAAUCUGUAAAGUAGAACAAUCAGAACGUGGGCGUGCUACGCUAACGUUUUGUUGCACACUUUGGCUUAAAGUAACGAUCCAACCAGAUGUGCCCUGAUGUAACCUGCACCAGUUGUCACUAUCGCAUCAAUGAUUUAAAGCAGGGCUAUUGUGACAAGGGCGAUUAAACUGCUAAAUAUUUCAUUCCAAAACUUUACUAUGUUAGAACCACCCACACAGAACAAUAUAUGCAACACAUUCCUCACACAUUAGGUUGAAAUAUGCUGUUUUGCUUUGAGCUCCAACAGUUUCAUAGUAAUUCAGAGUUGAUUCACCAGCUCAUCUUGCAGUGCAGUUAAGAUGUGGUUGCCAUGUUUGGCAGUGAUGAUUCCGUUUUCCUGUGUAUUACGCUGUUAUGUAGAUUGUGUGUGUGUGCGUGCGUGUGUGUGUAUGUGUAUGUAUGUUUUUCAAUAAAGAAACAAAAAUCCGUUUGA